AUGAUUGAACUUGAAGUAGCUCAUGAAAAAGCUUCAGUGUACAGCAAAAAACUGUGGAAGACUGCCUCAAAAUCUAUAGUAAAUUCAGCAUUUGAAGUUUUCAGGCAACUUUAUUUCCAAAAGGUCUUUGGAGAAAAUUUAAUCCUUCGGCAAAAGGUCAAAGAAGCAGUUGAAUGCUUAAUUUGGUGCUUACAAAUGGUAAGUUUAUUAUGAAUUCCAAAUCUCCCAAUAAAAAGUUGGAAAGAAAAUAACAUUAUAUGAGAAGUAAUUGGAUACUUAAAACUUGAUAUAGCCUGUUCAGAAUUAGGGAUGAUAAGUUUAUGUUUAUUUUUUUCAAUUGUGGUAGUUUACCUGAUUUUUUUCGGAAUGGUAUUUUUAGUUUAUAUUACUUAUCAUUCUUAUAGUUUACCAAAAUGAUUACUAUUUAUUUUCAAAAAAAUUUUCUAUUUAUGGGUUAACUUAUUACUGAUCCCUUCUAUGUCUAUUUUUACCAUUUUUCUCAAAUACAAUUUUUCACGCAAAAAUCAUGUAUCAGAAUAUAAAGCUAAUAAUGACUCUUCGGAUUUUGAAAUUAAUAUUUUGUGGCAAAUUCCAAUUAUUUUUGCUAUGAUAAUCUCAUUUUUUGAGCUUAUAUUUUAUGUAAGUUUUUCAGGGGAAAUUCGACAUUCAAUAAGUAGCAAAUUAAUAAAGUCUAAGGCGCACUCCAAAAUAGACCUACAAAUUUAUAUUUUUACUUGAAUUUUGCCGAUUUUUUGGGCACUUUUUGCUGAAGAUUAUAUCGUUUUUUAUCAGGUUUUUACAAUGAUUAUUUCAAUGCUUUUAAUGAUUGAAUUUAUGAUACUUUUACCAUACUUUUCUCUUUUUUGUAAUACCCUGCAAAUUCUAAGGUUAGCCUUUGUUGUUUUGGCAUCUUUUGCCUUUGUUUUUGGAUAUGCCCUGGAUAAUUCACUAAUUAUUUCCUUUUUAGUGAUAGUUUUGGGUAUUUUAGCAGUAAAACUGAUUAUUUCUUUUUCCAAAAAAUUGCAUUUGAAAUUAAAUGCAAAUAUUCCUGAAAAUUUUAUAGGGAUACAUUCCGAAUUUAGCUUGGAAAAAUCGCUUAGAUCUGCAUUAUGCUCAAAUGAUAUUGAAAAUAAAGACCAAAUUAUCUGUAUUUUUCAGUCAUUUUAUAAAGAAAACUAUAAGCUCAGAUCCAAGCUUCAAGCUAUUUGAAUAGCGAAUUAUUGCAUUUUUACAUUAAAAGAUGAAUCUUUAGCUAAUAUUAAGCUAGAAAACGCGAAAAAUAUAGCAGAUUGAAACCUUGAAGGGAAAUAUCAAGAAUAUUUAUCCAGAAAAAGCAUAUCAGAAGCGGUUACUUCACCGACGCCUGUUUCAUAACGAUUAUUUUUUAUUGGCCUAUUUUUUUUUUGGCUAUUUUUUUCACCUAUUUUUUUUGGCCUAUUUUUUUUCACCUUUAGUAUUCAUGGAGUAAGAGAUUUGUUAAGGGUGGAUUUUUUGUUGGUAAAAUCGUUUAAAUUACAUUAAAAAUUAUAUUAAAAUAAUUAGUAUGGAGUUAGGCUCAAAUAUUAGUAAAAAACAGCUAAAAAAUUGCCAAAACAAACUCCAAAAAAAUAGGCCAAAAAAAUAGGCCAAAAAAAAAUAGGCCAAAAAAAAAUAGGCCAAAAAAACUAGGUGAAAAAAUAGGCCAAAAAAAUAUUAUGCGUUGCAUAAAUUUCUUAUGGCCGUUUAUAUGCGCCAUUUUCAUUUGAAAUUUCAAAUUAUGAAUUUGCCGCACUAAAAUCUGCGUUUUGAAACGCAUAUUUGGUUUUCACAUACCAAAUUCAAAUUGACAUGCAUAUGCAUGAUAAGAAAUUAUUGCAAUACAUAAUAGGUGAAAAAAAUAGGCCAAUAAAAAUAGGUGAAAAAGAAUAGACCAAAAAAAAUAGGCCAAAAAAAAAAGUUGUUGCGAAAUAGUCGUCGUGUGAAGACACUAUCAGAAGCCGCUACAUCUGAAUGUGAAAAAUUUAUACAUUACCUUCAGCAUUUAAAUCAAGUCAAAAAAGAAGACAAAAAAUUAUGCAUGAAUUUAUUAAGGUUUUGGGAAGAAAUAACUUCAUUAAAGCCAAACCUUCAGAAAAUCAUUCAAGGUCUAAACUCUAUACAUUCAGAAAUGUCCUUUCUCAGCACAGCUUAUCACCAACUUACAUCAAAAUUUUCCGCAUCCCGAGAAACCUUAUCUCUUUAUUCCUCAUAUGCGAAAAAUAUUCUUUUUGACUUACAAAAAUCAAAUGUGCUUGAUGCCAAAAUAAGAAAUUUCGACAGAAUUAUUACUAACGUUGCCAAUGAUUUAUCAAAUUUCAGCUAUUUUAGUCGCGCAACAGGAGUUUUGAUAAUUUCAUGUGAGGAAACUAAUUUUGGCGAAAUUCUUUUUGCAAAUCAAAAAACCUCAGAAAUUUUACAAAUUUAUUUACAUAAUAUUCUAGGGAGCAACAUAUCAAAUUUUAUCCCUUCAGUCUAUUAUGAAAAAAUUAAAGAAGAAGCGAAAUGGACUUCUGAGUAUGGUUCGAGCUCACAGGUUGAUUUAACUGAAGGGUUUUUCAUAAUGACCCCUUCAAAAAUCUUAUUAGAAUGUGCAGGAAGGGUCCAAAUGACCACAAUUAACAAUUUCCUUGUAGCAACUCUCGUAUUUAAGCUAAAACCUGCAAAUCAUCAAGCAGCUUUAAUAUCUGAAGACGGCGAAAUUUAUUGCCACACCCUAAAUUUCCCCAGACUUUGCAGUAAAUACACAAAUGAUUUGCGAGGAUUUUCCCUUAAAAAAAUAUUUUCUAAUUUGCAAGGGCUAGAUUUACAUCCUUUUACCCCUUAUCGUAUAUUAUCAUCAGUAAAUGAAGCAAUAUUAGUAUUAUCACAUUUUGAAUUUAAUAAGUUCAAAAUGCAUUUCGCGCUAUUAAUAAAUGAUAAUGCAGAAAUUGCAAAAUGAAAGGGCGAAAAUUUAAUUAUAAAUGGCAAUCAUGAAGAUGACAUAAUAAGAAGCAGUCGAAGGCUCUCCAGGCAUAUUACCUCAAUUGGAAACGAAAUAAGAAGCAUCGAAAGCCAGCACCAUGAAAAAAAUUUUGCCUCAGAAAUCGAAUUAAUCCAGUCAAAUGAGCAGGUUUUAAGCAAUGCAUUAGGAGCUAUAGAACACAAGCUGUCAGUAAGGACUGAUGAAGAAAGAUCCCAAAGAUCAGAAUCCUCAUCCCAAACUAAAUUUUUAAAAAUGAUACAAAUAUCGUCAAGGUCAAUUAAUAUUUUGCAUGUCGCUUUUAUUAUAUCAGUAAGAUUUAUAUAGAUUUUAGCAGUUAUAGCUACAAAUAUAGCAGUUUUAAUUUAUGCGAAUUAUAGCGUAAAAAAUGCAAGCAAUAUGGAUCUUCCUAUAACUUUAGGCCACUUAGCUAAUUACUUUCAGUAUCUUGGUGUCUUAUCAGGAGAUAUUUAUGUAAUAUAUUCUGCUAAUAGUCAAGGCUAUAAAGAUAUUCUAGAAACUCUAGCUACAGGCUUCACUUCUACCUUAGAAGAACUAGCCUUUCUUUAUUUAGAUAUCACUUCAAACCUAAAUAGCUGAAACUAUUGUUUAGGCCAAGAUAUUUUUAUCGAUGAAAAUAUUAAUUUGUGGAACACUGAUGAUGGCAUUUAUAAGAAAAAAAUCAAUUUAAUGAACACAAUUUCUAUGUUUAUCAACAAUGUAUUUUUUAUAUAGGGAAAACAAUUUUUGAAGAAAUAUAAAAAUUCUGAGGAUUAUACUGAAGAAGUGAUGUUUUUAGAAUAUAAUGGAUAUGGAGAAGCCUUUAAAUACUGCAACCAAUCGAUGUAUGAUAUUAUUUCAUGCCAAAAAAACACAAUGAACAAAUUUGAGUCUCAAAUGCUCGCAUUUUUGAUACUAGGAAUUGUGGUAUUUUUUAUAUGUGUUGGCUGUAUGGUACCAUUUUGCUAUUCUACAGUCAAAAUCGAGAAUAACUUAUGGAAUAAUGUAAGAAAUAGGACUUAUGAGUGCUAUUUCGAGCUUAGACAAUUAAGCUUUGAACGGCUUGUAAGUAUUUAUGGAGGCCCUGAAAUUGAGCUUAACAAUAAAAAUCCCUCAAAAAAGCCUUACAAUUUUAACAGCUAUUGAAAAUAUUUUUGGAGGAUUUCUAUAUAUUUUAUUGCUGUAUCUGUGUUUUCUGUAAUAAAUAUUAUUUACCUCUAUGAAACAUGUGCUGAAUAUUUGUUUAAAAGACCUGAAAUUAUUAGAGAUUUGAUACAUGGGCAGAUUUUGUUUACAAGCUUAGGGGCUUGGACAACUAGAGCCUUAAUGGAUAACUUUUCAUUCCCAGUCUUAGGUGGAUUUUCUCCAUUUCAAAAAAGUGAAUGGCAAGAAAUAAUCUCCAAAAUAAAUUAUUUAUCAAUACACUUUAGGGAUAAUGGCUACACACCAGUUUUAUCAAAAGAUUUUACUAAUAAAUUCUAUGAAAAUGAUGAGAGCUCAUCAGAAAAAUUAGCAUUUGGAGUUUAUCCUGCUCAACAUAUUUUAACUUUUGAUGCUUACUACAUUGUUUAUUCAGCUCCGCCUAUUGAUGUAUGGCUUAAUUGAGUGAUCGAAACUUCAAUGAUAUCACAGAAAUACGAUGAUUUGACUAAUGAAAUUGAUAAUUAUUCACAAGAUUUGAUAAAUAGUGAGAUGAACUUAAUUGUCAUCGUUUUGGUAGUUUUUAUCGUAACUUCAUUUGCGAUGUAUUUUGGAAUAUAUUUUACGUUUUUUAGAAAGGAGAAAAAAUAUUUACAAAAAAUUAAUUCAAUAAUGAAAAUCAUACCACAAUAA